AUGGAAUACAUCCCUAACACCGAUGGGCUAAUGCGCUCUACCUUGCGCGACACCAUCCGUCGUCUUCACCGCGUGCGUGCCAAAGCUGGCGCCAGUGAUGAGCGCGAGAACCAAGAGAGCUCGGGUGACCCCUUCCAAGACUUGACGAAUGCCUUCAUUCAGGCGGCCACACGGACCAAGAACAACAUCAACGAGCGCAACGAGGGCUGCCGACAACACGGACAGGACCACAUGGCCAUUCAGCAGUCCAACGAGAUUCGCAAAGACCUACGACAGAUGGAGGGAACACUGGUGGAGCUCCGCAAGUUAGUGGACGAGGCAGAGCACCGGCUGGCGAAAGAGAACCGGAAAAAGAAGCCCAAGGCAAGCAAGGUUCAGUUACUUGAGCGCAACUACGAGGGACGUCGCUCGCAGUACGACAACUGCGUCACCGCACUGCAGAACCUCCAGAACAUGGAUGCACAGCGCAUCGAGGUGGGUAAGGGGCAAAUCAACACCGCAGAGGAGAUGCAGCUGGGAAAGCGCGCUCAGCUACGCCAGCAGCUACUCGGCAUGCGGCGAAAAGAUAACGGCAAUGGCGAGACCCUGAGGCCUGGCGAUGUGGAGUUGGUUGACAACACAACUGGUGGUGGCCGGCUUCAGGACAACGAGACAACCAAGGAACAGAUGCAGACCAUCGCGGCACAGGACGCAAAGAUCGAAGCAGGGCUCAGUCGCCUUAAGGAGGGCGUUGGCCGCUUGCACGAUUUAGCCAUUCAAAUUGGCUCUAGGAUUGACAUACAGAACGAGAUGCUGGAUAAAUCGGAGCAGACCAUGGACAAGAAUACCCAGCAGCUCCGCGCCGUAGAGCGGCGGCUCAAAAAGUUCAUAAAGGAGACGCGCCCCAUGAACUGUUUCCUGUAUCUUUGUUGUGUCACCCUCAUCAUCGCUCUCGUCGGUUUUUUCCUUGUGCAGUUCCAGGUCAUUUGA